CAGCAAUUUGUUAGCAAGUCAGCAACAAAAACUAGCUUUCCAGUUUUGGCUUACAAGGUGACAUAGGCCUACAUCUUUAACGCUACAGUAGGCCUACUUUAAACUGCGCGUUUUGUUUCCCUACAAUGUAUUGUAGCUAGAUAUAAUGUAGAUAUUCUCUGCUUGUCGAUUUCGUCGAGAAUCAGUUUGUAAAUAGGCUAAACAGCGUCUAACCAGAAUAAACAUAUUUCACAUUUCGUCUCAAUAAAUAACGGUGCAACAUGACAGAAUUCGUGGGCAACCCCGGCUUGUGCUGUAACUCGCAGCCAAGGAUGGUUAAAAAAAAAGAAGAAAAAAACAUAUUUGUUGAGGGAUUGAACAGCCGAGCUGUUUAUGGGGUCACUGCACUAAAACGGAUUUGAAAGACUGGAGACCGUCGCUUCUCAGAGAUUUUUCGGGGUCGGAUUUCAGCAGUCCUUAGCGCUGUUUAGUGCUGAGACUGAGGCAGUCUUUGUUCAGUCAGUCUGAAGUGAGAGACUGGAGAGUCAGUCAGGAGGAGAGAAGUGAGAGAGAACAGAGAGAGACAACACUCUGGAAGUGUUGAUAUCCACGCUUUUGCAAUAAUCUUAUGCUCAAACUGCUGAGGAAAAUGAAACUUUGGCUCCUGUCGUGGCUCAUCGGUGCGCAUCUCGCCUUGAGUUAUCGCUCAUCUGCGCUUCUUGUGAUGGAAGAGCGAGGGUCCAAGGGUCACCUAGUCCUGACUGAACUAGUUGGUGUUCCUCUUCCUCCAUCUGUGUCCUUCAUCACUGGUUACGAGGGUUUCCCUGCUUACAAUUUUGGGCCUAAUGCUAAUGUAGGUCGACUGACCCAGUCCUUUGUACCUGAGCCCUUCUUCAUGGACUUCUCCAUUAUUGUCACCGUCAAGCCCUCCAACUCUCGAGGAGGGGUUCUGUUCGCCAUCACAGAUCCCUCCCAGAGGAUCGUCCACCUGGGCUUGGCCCUGACGCCCGUAGAGGAUAAGACCCAGAGGAUUGUACUGUAUUACAGCGAGCCAGGGCUUCCAGACACCAUGGAGGUGGCUUCCUUUAAAGUGCCUGAUAUGACACAGCAGUGGAACCGUUUUACGCUGACGGUUGAGCAUGAGGAGGUUCGGCUCUAUAUGGAUUGUGAGGAGUACCACAGCGCCCCUCUGAAGAGAAGCCAGCAGCCCCUCAGCUUUAAGCAAGGCUCGGGUAUCUUCGUAGCAAACGCGGGCAGUACUGGCCUGGAAAGAUUUGUGGGGUCUAUUCAACAGCUGGUAAUAAAACCGGACCCUAGGGCAGCGGAAGAGCAGUGUGAGGAAGAUGACCCCAGCUUGCAGGCCUCCGGGGACAGAAGCGGUGAUGGUGAUUAUGAUGAUGAAGAAGAACAUGGUAGACAUGAAGUAAUAUUCGGUCAGACAAAUGUGAGAGAAGACAAAGAAAAGACACAUAGACCCACCUAUCCUGUCCAAGCUCCGCCCACUGUGUCACCUGACAUGGACGAAGGGGAGUUUUCAGGACAUGUGACCCCUAUAGACGAAAGGCUGCUUAGAGGGACUUACAAAACAGAUGAAACAGGAGAGAGUACAGGGGAUGGUUCCGGCCAGGGGCAAAAAGGGGAGCGUGGAGAACCUGGAUCUGCAGGCCCCCCAGGACCCCCCGGACCUCCUGGACCAUCUCUCCCACCCACACAUUCAGGUCAGCCUGGACAGAGAGGCCCUCAAGGUCCAAUGGGUCCACCAGGAAGACAAGGCAGACCAGGGAAAGAUGGACAAUCUGGACGCAAAGGUGAAGAAGGAAAACCAGGGCAAAGAGGACCUCCAGGGCUUCCAGGAUUACCUGGAGAAUCUGGAGUCAAAGGAGAAAAGGGUGAUUCUGGGGUUGGUCUGCCUGGUCCCCCAGGGCCUCCUGGACCAGCGGGGCCAUCCAAACCAAUUAAAGUUCCAUAUGGAUUUGAUGCUCUCGGCUCUGGAUUUGAAGAUGUUGACAUUGAUACAGAACGUCUUAGAGGUCCACCUGGUCCUCCAGGGCCUCCAGGGAAACCUGGCCCCUCUGGUCCGAAUGGCCCCUUAGGGGCUUUGCUGCCGGGACCACCAGGCACCCCUGGCAAGGAUGGCAGAGAUGGGCAACCUGGACUUCGUGGGCUUCCUGGUCCGGAUGGCUUAACUGGACAACAGGGUCCCAAAGGAGCAAAGGGUGAACAAGGAACGAGAGGGCCCUCUGGACCUAAGGGUGAAAAUGGUGACUCUGGCCUUAUUGGUCCGAUGGGACCGAGGGGUGUACCUGGACCACCUGGCAUUCCUGGCCCUCCUGGCCCACCAGGACCUUUAAGCAAUAACUUCAUGAUGGACACUUUGAAGGAUUUGGAGAGUUCUGGUGAAAGUGGAUUGUUUCUUGGAGCUGGAAUUUCAAAAGGCUAUCUUGGGCCUCCUGGUCUGCCUGGCCCUCCAGGAUCUCAGGGACUUCCUGGUGCUGAUGGAGCCCCCGGUUUGUCUGUAAAGGGUGAACCAGGAUCGCCAGGACAGGAUGGAAUACCAGGAUUAGCUGGUUUACCAGGUGCCAGGGGACCAAAGGGGGACAAGGGCAGUCCAGGAGAGAAGGGUGAGCGAGGUCGUGAUGGACUGAGCAUCACAGGGCCUCCCGGUCCCCCUGGCCCACCUGGACCGACCAUUAACUUACAGGACCUCCUUCUUAAUGAUACUGCAGCCAAACUGAACCUCACUAAGAUCAGAGGACCUCCAGGCCCUAUGGGCCCUGAAGGCUUGCCUGGCAGAGCAGGAUUCCCUGGCCCAAGAGGACCAAAAGGUGAAAUUGGGUUUCCCGGCAUUCAAGGACCUCCAGGACUGAAGGGAGAAAAGGGGGAGCCAGGUGUAUCUAUAGCUGCUGAUGGUUCUGUAAUACCAGGCCUGAGAGGACCCAGAGGACCGAAGGGAAUGAAGGGAGACAUCGGCCUCUCUGGACGUCCUGGGAUUGUUGGGCCGAUUGGACCGCCUGGACAAAAAGGAGAAUAUGGACUUCCUGGUAGACCGGGCCGGGCUGGAAUAGCUGGAAGGAAAGGGGAUAAGGGAGAUUCUAGUGGUCCCCCUGGUCCACCGGGUCCACCUGGACCUCCAGGGCCACCAGGACGAGUAAUUGGUCUCAAUGGAACAGUUUUCCCAGUUCCUCCUAGACCACACUGCAAAAUACCAGUCAACAACAACAAUUCACAACAAGGCGAUGGAAGAGCAUCAUUAGGAGUCAAAGGGGACAAGGGUGAUGUGGGAAAUCCUGGGUUGCCAGGAACCGCAGUGCCUUUGUUUCCUCAUGGUUAUGUGGGUGCUAAAGGUGAUAAUGGCUACAAGGGGCAAAAGGGAGAAAAAGGCGAUCCAGGUUUGCCUGGCCCACCAGGGAUGCCUGGGAGGACAGGCCUUGUGGGACCGAAAGGUGACUCUAUUGUCGGUCCUCCUGGGGACACUGGUUCCCCGGGUGCUCCAGGACAGCCUGGCUAUGGAAUUCCAGGACCACAGGGGCCACCAGGACCUCCUGGACCACCAGGCACUCUGUCCGCAUAUGGCUCUGCUGCGAGUCUCUCUGGACCUCCAGGUCCUCCAGGGCCGCCUGGUGCUCCUGGCCAUGGAAACCCUGUGAGAACAUAUAAAAACAGUCAGACCUUGAUAAGAGAGACCAGUCAGGCUGCAGAAGGGACUCUGGCAUUUGUUAUAGACAAGAGUGAACUGUACAUCAGGGUACGAGGGGGCUGGAAGAAAGUUGAGCUAGGAGAGCUAAUCCCAGUUCCUCAAGACAGUUCCUCAUCUGCUUUGACACAAGGCCUGAGCAGACCCAGCGACCGCAGUGUACCUAGAGUUCAUAGCCAGGAGUUGAAGAGCUUCCUGCCAGACUACCAUGCUUUCCUACAGAAUGCACAUUCAAUGCCAGCAUUGCACUUGGUGGCACUCAAUGCCCCGUUCUCAGGGGACAUGCAUGGAAUCCGAGGGGCAGAUUAUCAGUGUUACCAGCAAGCCCGUGCCAGGGGCCUAACAUCCACUUACAGAGCUUUCCUCUCCUCUCACCUACAAGACCUUUCCAGCAUCGUCAAGAAAGGGGACCGCUUCGGCUUGCCAGUGGUGAACCUCAAAGGAGAUGUGCUUUUCAGCAGCUGGAUGGCUAUGUUCUCUGGCGACGGGGCUGUUUAUGAUCCACUCACUCCGAUUUAUUCCUUUGAUGGUCGAAAUGUCAUGACCGAGCAAGCUUGGCCUCAGAAACUGGUGUGGCACGGCUCGAAUACCAUGGGCAUCCGAAUGACAACUAGCUACUGUGAGGCCUGGCGGACGGGGGACAUGGCCGUGACGGGACAGGCGUCUCUUCUGCAGACCGGCAGACUGCUGGGGCAGCACACGCGUAGCUGCUCAAACCACUUCAUUGUGCUUUGCAUUGAGAACAGCUACAUCCAGAACCCUGGAAGGAACUAGAAAGCUGACAAUUUUAAAGUAAAGUAAUGCAGAUGUAGGGAGCAGCAGUAGCUGGACUGCUGGGGGAAAUAUCCAAUCUAUUCUUUUAUUAGGGAGAGAGCUCCUGUGAGAAGUUACAAGCCAGGGGAAAUGGCACUGCAAUCAUGUUUCACUUCUUCUCUGAGCAUGAUGUAAAUAUGUAUAAAUCACCCACUGAUACUGUUCAAUCAACGGCCCACCGUCUUCUAUUAGAAUACCAAAGAAUACCUCAGCCAGACAGCAACAAACAAGAGUAGAUCUAUUGUAUGAAUUCACCGCAUUACUCCGUGCCUUCUCAGAUGACAUUAGCUCCUCCUCACAAUGACUAAUACAGAGUUUUUUUGUGUGUGUGUGUUUAAUGUAUUAACUACAAAUUUGAAACCACAAACGUUGAUAGAUAAAAUAUGCUCAUUUUUAAUCAGAUUAAAUACCAAUAUUUAGACAUCAGUAUUUGGAUAUACUGUAUUUGUAUGAGGGAGUUUUGGAAGUUGUUUAAAUGCACUGUAUUAAUAAUUUCUUGUUUUAUUUUCUUUUUCACACCCACCAAGCUCCUUUUUGUGAACUUGCAUUUAAACUAGUAUUUAAGAGAGGCAAUAAGUCUAAUUUAUAAUGCAAAAGCAGCACAUAAAACUAAAAAAGUACAUACUUUAAAUGGCAUUCAUUUCAAAAGUUGACACAGGCCACAUCCACAUUAGAACUCUUCACUGUUUAAUCUUUCUAUGACAUUUAGAAAGACAAACUAGAAAGUAAGUAACAGUGUUGUUUAUCUUCUAGUAUAAAACAAUAAUAGAGAAUUCCCCUUUUCUUUUUCAUAUUUGAAUGGUGCUCAGUGAAUAAAUGUUUUGUUUUAUA